AUGGACCCCCUUAGCAUCACGGUGGGCGCCGUCAGCCUCGCCGCUAAUGUCCUCCGGUCCGCGGCAUACGUCAAGGAAGCCAUCGACCAGUUCCGAGACGCCCCCACCCUCGCUCGCGACAUCGAGCACGAGAUCAAAAUCGUACAGGCUGCCUUGCGCCAGGUCGAAGCCACCCUCCAGCGCGAUCCGCAAGCUAUCAGCCGCCUUUCCCUCGCCGACAUCUUCGAGCUUUCAGUUGAAGGCUGCCGGGAUACGCUGCAAGAAAUUACACAAGAGUUUGAGACGCUGUUUGGCCGACAUGAUUGGAGGUUCAAGCUUGCCGUGUGGUGGAAUUCCGGGGAUAUACGCCGUCUGCUCGGGAGGCUAGAGACGAAGAAAGGCAGCCUGAUGCUUCUGGUCCAAGCAUUGAGCCUACACUCUGUCCAGGAGAUGCAGGAGUUGCUGCAGCAAAACAUGAGGACACUGGAUAUAGCUAGGCUCGGCCUGGACGACAUGGUUCACUCCUAUCCCGCCUACACGGCGAAGGAUCUGGACUCGACGGCCUCUGGCAUCGAUUCAGGGGAUAGCAUGCUGGGCGAUCGUGAUUCGGUGGUCAGCAACACACGUUUUAACUUUGACGAUAUUUGUUUCGAUAGCAAGCCGUACCGUCAUACCGUCGCUAGGGUUGCGGCAAAACGCCGAAGCCACUACGAGAGAAGGGACGCGGACGGGUUAUCGAGCUCCCCUCUGUUGCUUGCCACCAGGGAGGCCGAGGCCGAAGGCGAGACGACGACGUCGCACGAAGCCCCAACGCCCAUUCACCUAACCGGUGUUCCCCCCGAAGAACACCAGGCCGUGCUCAUGAAGUUACGAGAAGCAGAAGCCUUAAUCCGCACCUUGCAGGGGCGAACACAGCAACCAGGGACGGUGUCAAGAGAGAGCCCAGCGGUAGUUGACCCAAGCCAACAUCCGCUCCGGGUUAAAGACAACGGGAAUGAACUCCUGCAAGACAUGGCCCCACAAACAGCCGUAAUUGGGUCCACGAAGCAACCACAAGCCGGCGAUGACCUCCUGCUGAGACCCACCACCAAAUCACGUCGCAGGACGGUUCUACCGGUGGAGGACACCCCGGACUUCCGACCCGUUCGAAUCUUGGUACCAAACAAGCCCGGAAUUACUAGCAGGUUGGAUAGGAAAGCCUCCAGCGCCAUCAACGAACCCUCUGCACCUUCGGAUGAGUCACCCGUAGCGGCCGGGCCGACCCGCAGCCCAGGUCGGCCUCGGCUAACGCAUUCCCGGAAGGAUAUCGGAACUUCAACAGAGUAUUUUAUGGGAACCAAAGAAAAGAAGGUCGAGCCUUCGAUCAAAGUCCACUUCUCCCCGCGCGCGAGGAGCACGCCGCAGCACAUGACGAUCACUAACCUGCACGGUGAGACAACUCAGACCCUCAAUGCCGGCACAGGGGGGGAGGUUGCAUCGGCCAGUAUCCCCGAUACACAAAUUGAGGAUGGACCAAAGACGACAAGCCGGGUGAUCAGUGCUGCAACGUCCCUCGGCCGCCCGCGCCCGUGGCUCGCCGCAAAUGGUGAAGAGGAACGUUUGAUUUCUAACGCAAUUUCCACGAUUCCGUCCCGCUCACCCCUUGAAAUCCUAGAACGACGCCUUAGUCGCACAAAAGCACAUGUUAUGCCGGAACCGGAUGUACUCGAAGGUCAACGAGCGUUGCCUAAGCUGGACAUCGAGGCCAAUGCAAGGCAAAUGACCCCCGACGUGAAGGAGGAGGCUCAUCAAGUAUUUCAAUAUGUUGUGCCCCCGGCUCGGCCAAAUCCUCCCCUACCGUUGCCAGCAGACAACAGUUUCCAAGGCCCUGAUGUGAGUAGCACCAAACAAAUCCAAAAGAGGGCAGUCACAACCCCACGGCCACGUCUCGGGUAUAACCCCAAUCUCCACAUGCUGGAUGUUGAUCGGGUUGUUAACGGUAUUACGGAAAACACUGCUCAUAGUGUCUCCGUUAUGCCAACGGGAAACGGCACCCAAGCCCACCCGCGGGAACGGGAUAUUUCGGAAGCCAAGCCGGCCGAAGAAGAGGAGGCUACCAAAAAGCAAUCGGUGUUUAUCCGUGCGUUCAAGGGGAUAAGGGGACCUAGCAACAACCUGGCCACAGUCGAGGAGAUCCUUGGGAAGCUACUUGUCGAGGUUAAGACCCUUCAAACUGAGGCGCAACAAGACAAGGAAGCCACUGUGGUUGAGGGUAGAUAG